AUGUGCUCCGACAGUGACUCCGAAUCUUGCCCCGACAUCGUCGAUGCCUGGGUCUGGAUCCACAUUCGCAAAAUCAAAGACCUCGAAGAGAGGUACUGGGAGGCUCGUGAGCGGCUCCUAGCCGGCAAAUAUACCGUGUACUACGAGAACCCAGAGAAGCUCGACAACAAAAAGCGUGAGUUGGUCAUGAAGCUGAAGGUCACGUACCACUUCGAUCUGGAGAACCGAUCUGAUGAGAUAGAAAAUCAGCUGUAUGACGAUAUCGAAGGGAUUCUGGAGAUGUUGGAAGCGCAGCGUGGCGCGCAAGGAGCUGAUCCGUGGUCUGAAGAUGAUGACGAUGACGAGGGAAAUGAAGAUGAAGAAGAGGGGGAUGGGAGCGAGCAGGAGUCUGAAGAGGGGUCCCAUCCCCAGGCGCAGCUGAGACCUAAGUUGUCGACGCCAGUUUCGGACGACGAGGACUACGGUUCUGAAGCUACCACAGUGAUUGCUAGUAGCAAUGGCUAUGACACUGGGGACGAGAGUGACGCUGAUGAUGAUUCUGUUGUUAAGUCUGAUAAUCGGUCCCCUCCUCUGAAUGGAUGGAAUCACCUUUUGCGUCAACCGGACCUGGAAUCUGAGUCAGAGCUCGAUACUGAUGAUAUUGUUGGGGGUUAGGCUAGCACGGAGGUGAGUGAAUACGACGCUGAAGUCUAGGCAAUAGUGUCAUUAACAUCGACAGAAUGGACGAGGACUUUGCAAAUAAGAAUCUUGUUUCAACCUGAAUUAAAUGCGAAACCAUGACAGUAGCAGAGAUAACUAAGACUGAUUGAUGAUAUCUACAAUUCCCUGGCAGCUUCCACCGCGGCUGAUGCUUGAGAUGACUGUCAACGAAAAUGACAAAAUUCGACCUAAUCUGCUUUUCUGUUUUUUUUUGUAUUGAAGGUAUUCCUAUGAAACCUUUAUAGGUUAUGUAUUCUGCAGAUUCUGAUCGUUUGCAUAUUUGAACGACUCUCGCCUUGACGCUUUUAAGUGUAACUGACUUUGUCCAUGUAGUCAAAUGAGAGAAGGUCUAAACUUGCAAGCAGGGAG